GCCGCCGUCGCCGCCAUGGACGACUUCUACGACGAGGACGGCGAGCAGCUCAUGGACCCGGACGCGCGGGACCCCUCCCCCUCCCCGGAGCCGCAGCCGCAGCCCUACGACGACCUCGAGGACGACCUCGGCGACGCCGACGUCAACGACGCCGGCUGGAACCGCGACCGCUCGCCUACCCCCGUCCACGGCGACGGCGACGGCGCCGGGUCCUCCGCCAGGCCCCGCAAGCGCCUCCUCAAGAAGGGCGGCAAGGGGGACUCCGGCGGCGCCGGCGGUACGCCCGCGGACGAGCUCGAGGACUGGGGCGCGGACGGGCUGCCGGACCCGGACGCGGCGGGGAAAAGGAAGGGGUCGUCCAGCCUCAGGGACCUCGCCAAGGGCGGGAGCGGCGGCAAGGAGAGGCACGAGAAGAAGCGGAGGAAGGAGGAUAGGGGCGGCAUGGUCAGGGAGAAGAGGGGCUCGGGGUCGUCAUCCGGCGGGAAGGGCGGCGGUGGUGGUGGUGGCGGGGAGGAUGAUGAAGGGGAGAGGGAGAUCCGGGAGCUCUGGGAUACCAUCGCCGGGGAAGGCGGCUCAGAGGAUGAUCAAGAAGGUGUUAGAACUCUAGAUGAUGAUAACUUCAUCGAUGAUACUGGGGUUGAUCCAGCUGACCGUUAUGACAAUGAUAAUGAUGGCCACUCUCCUCGACAUUAUGCACAGGCAGAGGAAGCUGAAGAGGAUGAUGAAAUUGAGCGGCUCUUUAGUAGUAAGAAAAAGAAGAAGAAUGAUCGGCCACGAGCAGAUAUUGGUCUUAUCGUUGAGCAGUUCAUUGCUGAGUUCGAAGUAGCAUCUGAAGAAGAUGCAAACCUAAAUAGGCAAUCCAAACCGGCCAUUAACAAACUUAUGAAGCUUCCACUGCUCAUAGAGGUUCUCUCAAAGAAGAAUCUCCAGCAGGAAUUCCUUGAUCAUGGAAUUCUCACUCUUCUGAAAAACUGGCUUGAACCUUUACCUGAUGGAAGCAUGCCGAAUAUGAAUAUUCGAACUGCUGUACUGAAGUUACUAUCUGAUUUCCCAAUUGAUCUUGAACAAUUCGACAGAAGAGAGCAGCUUAAGAAAAGUGGCCUGGGAAAGGUUAUCAUGUUUUUGUCAAAAUCUGAUGAGGAGACUACUUCGAAUAGAAAAUUAGCCAAGGAACUGGUUGAUAAAUGGAGUCGACCAAUAUUCCAAAAGAGCACACGAUUUGAGGAUAUGAGGAGAUAUGAUGAUGAAAGACCUCCUCCUUACAGGAGGCCUCAAAUGAAGAAGCCUUCGAGUAGUUCUGGAAUGGAAGCUAGAGAUGAUGAUCUUGAUGCUGACUUCUCUCAGCGCAAGUCUGGGCAAAGUGGUUCUAGGCAACAUGCGUCUAGGCCAGAAGCAUCGCCUCUGGACUUCGUCAUCCGUCCGCAGUCCAAGGUUGACCCCGAACAGAUACGGGCUCGUGCCAAGCAAGUUGUCCAAGACCAGCGCCGGCUCAAGAUGAACAAGAAACUGCAGCAGCUGAAGGCGCCAAAGAAGAAGAACCUCCAGGCUUCAAAGCUCAGCGUGGAAGGCCGUGGGAUGGUGAAGUACUUGUGAACUUCCCACUCCAACAGUCCCGCGAUGCGCCCGACGGUGCGCUCUUCAGCAGGAGGGUAGUCGUUCGAAUUGAUUGCCAAACAUAGUAUUCUUGUUCCAAAAAUUUGCAAAGCGUGGCAGGGUACAUUGGGCAAGCUUCUGAGACUUAGGUGCUUUGUGUAUUUACCAGAGGCUUGUAGAUGCUGCCUGUUAUUAUGGAUUGAUUUAUAGCUUGUUUCAGUCAGAGUUGCGGGCGCCUUUACUGUACAAAUGCUGUGCCAUGACUGGGCCGUGAGCUGAGCCGGAACUGUCUGGCGAUGUGCCCCUAGCUGUGUUUGAAGGACCCAACACAUUACUGUGGAAUCGAAAUAUUAAAUCAAUAACAGACUGCUUGUUGUUUAGCGUUUCCAAGAUGAAGAUAUAAGAUGAAUGAAACUUUUCUCAA